AUGUCUUCCCUCGUGAACAAGGUCAAAGAGGCCCUCCACUCGGACAAGGACAAAACAACGACAAGCACCACCGGCACGCACUCUACACAUCACACCUCUCACACUGCUGCCGAGCCUCGCUAUGACGGCCUUGGUGGUGCGAACCGUGGCACCGACGGCCCUGCCACUCGCACUGAUGGUCCCCACAGCUCCAACGUCGCCAACAAGCUUGAUCCUCGCGUGGACUCCGACCGCGAUCACAGCAAGAACAUGGGAUUGAACCCCCACGGUGAUGCCACCACCGGCGCCCGUGGUGCCAACUACACCACUUCCACAACCGGUGCUGGUGUUGGUGCUGGUGCUGGUGCUGGUUAUGGCGCCGGUGACGCUGGCCGACACGGUCCCGCUACUCGCACCGACGGUCCUCACAGCUCCAACUUGGCCAACAAGGCUGAUCCCCGGGUUGAUUCUGACCGCGACCACAGCAGCAACAUGGGAUUGAAUCCCCGCGGAGACGCCACUACCGGCACCGGCACCGGCCUGGGCGGCACCCAUGCCACCCACGGUGCCCAUUCCUCUCACCAUCACACUUCUACAACCGGUGCUGGUUUUGGCGCUGGCGGAGUCGUUGGUGAUGCUGGCCGAAACGGUCCCGCUACUCGCACCGACGGCCCGCACAGCUCCAACCUGGCCAACAAGCUCGAUCCUCGCGUCGACUCGGACCGUGACCACAGCCGUAACCUGGGUGCCAAUCCCCAAGGUACUGCCACGACUGGCACCCACACUGGCGCUCAUCCUAGUCUCAUCGGGACUGCUGACUAUGGUUCCACCGCGGGCGCCAAUCGGGGGUUUGAUGGUCCAGCUACCCGCACAGAUGGCCCUCACAGCUCCAACUUGGCAAACAAGGCCGACCCUCGUGUUGAUUCCGACCGUGACUACAGCAGAAACCUUGGAGCUAACCCAUCUGGUACCGCUACUACUGGCACUCACGGCACUCACGGCACUCACGGCACUCACGACACUCACGGCACUCAUGCCACUCACGCGACUCACGGAACUCACAGCAACCUUACGCACACCGCCGGCUCUGGACCUGGCCCUGCCCCCAACACCGCAGGUCCUCACAAAUCAGACAUCUUGAACAAGAUGGAUCCCCGCGUCGACAGUGAUCUAGACGGCAGCAAGACCGUUGGCGGCGACAAGACUUACUUGGGAAAUAAAGACCCUACAGAUGCUGCGCAGGUUCCUCCUUCCGUGUUGCGAGAACAUGUUGGCGAGCCUUCACGGUAA